UGGGAUCGAAGCCGAAGAUCUCAGGAUCAUUCCAGAUCACUUCGACCGUGCCUUGAAAGAGUUGAAAGUAAGUGUAGCUUUGAACAGUAUUGGCUACCUAUCUAUCCUUGCAGUUCAUUAGCUCGCUAUGAACCACAACCAAACUCAUGUGAGGAGCAGCUCUUCAAGUUAUGAAUUCGAGAAUCUCCAAACCAACUGGAACAUCUUAUAGUAACCUCAUUUAGUCUCAUUUUUCCAUGUGUGUGUUACUUUCCCGCAUGAAGACAAACAAGCGCUUGGUGAGUUGUUACCUGCUUUUGCGACCAGGAAAGAGCUGAAAGACGCUCAUUUUUUUCUUCCAUCGCCCUUCAAUUGUGCUCAUGCUCUCUUUACAGCUCACUUUACCGUCUCGGUGGAGAUGUCAGCAGUAUUUGUUGUUUGGACGCACCCCGCUUGCAUUGCUCCUCGAUCGUCUACCUCGCUUUUCUGCAUGUUGUUGCACUCUUAGAGUUCAAGGCGGCUAUGAGAGCUGUUAACUUAGUUCAGGUGGUGAUCAAGAAACAAUUGAAGCUAUGCGAUUCGCCUCUGUUGGAGCCAGCAGCAGUGCUGCAGGGUUAACGUUUACUGUGAUCCCCUAGUGUAUCAAGUCUCACUUGCGCGGAAGCAGAGCUAUGGCUAGGGUUCAAAUAGGUCAGGCAGGUGACAAACCCUUUCACGAGGACGCAGGAAUCGUUUCGCAACCGGAGGACUCCCAACCCAGCGAAUUUGCUGCAAAUGGAGCCAGCUCCUUCUCCAGCGACCAGUGUAGUACAUCUUUCGGUUCCACAUCGGAUGAUUCAGCGCCUAUUUCCUCACCGUAUUUCUCCAUGCGCACCCAUAGUUUAGGGCAACGAAGGAGCGAUUUUGCUAGUGAGCUUGACUACAAGAUCCAAAUCUCCAAGGAGCACUGGAGUGAGCUGAACUUGGACACAUCCCACGUCGAGAAAAGUAAGAAUAAGGCUUCGUUGGGCAUACUCAGGAGAGUGUUACUAGGUAGGAGACCUGCAGAGACCUCAACCUCGCUGCACUCCACCGAGUCGCUGGAGAGGAGCAAGGAGAUUUUCGAGAGGCUUAAGAGAGACCCGAAUUCCUUCUUCCAGGACUUCGACGACCUGGUGCUACGGGGGAAAAUCGCGGAGGGGGGGCAGGCGGAGAUUUUUGAAGCCGAAUGCACUCUGCGAAUAUAUGGUGGUGCCCUGCCGUCGAAAUGUGUGGUGAAGGUGAUGAAAGAGGGCUUCUCUCUGCAGUCUCUUCAAUCCCAAUGGUCUCCUAAGAUGUUCCGGAGGCUAUCCAUGCGCCCCAGGUCACGCUGCGCCCAGAGAUCAUUGAGCAUGACGGACGCAGCCGUUCUCGGAAUCGGCACUUCGCCCAUCAUCGGCGGCACGCUGCUAAAGGACGGCAGGUUCGCAUUCGUUCUGGAGAAGUAUUGCGGCGAUCUGCGCAACCUGAUUGACUUGCGCAUGCAGGAGAAGGGGAAUCGUGGGCCACCGUUUGAGGAUCGUAUUGCACUGCGCAUCGUGGGGCAGAUUGCGAGAGGGAUGUACACAAUCCACAAGAGCAAUCUCCUCCACAGGGAUCUCAAGGCGUCCAAUGUGCUCGUCGAGCGGUUCACCUCUGGAAAGUACAACGAGUAUCCAGAUUGCUUCGUAUCGGACUUCGAAUGCUCGGUUGGGGUUGUUGGGACUGGGUUCUGGAGGGCGCCCGAGAUUCUACUGGCUGUGAAGAAUCGGAGCGGCGCUGCGGAAGCGUGCACAAAGAAGUCGGAUGUUUACAGCUUUGGCAUGACGUGUUACGAGGUGUUGACAGGAUGUGUGCCUUUUGAGGGGCAAGGCUUGACGAACUACGACAUAGUGUUGAGUGGAAGAAGGCCCAGCUUGCCGGAUUACAUCGACCCCAACAUGAGAGCGCUAUUGGGGAGAUGCUGGGAGGCGGAUAGCAUCAGAAGGCCUUCGUUCAAGCAUAUUCUGAAGGUAAUUGCAAGUGAGAUGGGGAAGCUGUGCCAGCAGGACCGAGACACGAUCCCUUUCCACGGAUGGCGAUCCAGUAAAACUUGGUAUUUGAAUCGAGAUGAGGACGAAGAAGAGCACCUGGAUUCUUCUCCGGAAUCUAUCAACAGUCCCGAGUUUGAUUGUGCUUCGCGUCAGGAUGAUUAGGCGUUCAUGACACUCCAGUUUCAAUCGUCUUCAACUUGUGAAGAACGCCGCAGAUUUUUCCGGGUAAGACAAAAACGACGUCAAAUUUACUUGCUGGUACCCUGAUCCGCCUGCAAAAUGACGUGAUGGGAGGACUAGUGAAUCACGGAUUGCUCCUGAACUUGUGUUCUUGAAGUGAAACAAAUCUUUGUCUAAAGCAUAACCUAACAUGUGUGCGUUGUGGCCGCUUUCCUCGCAUGGUUCGAUGGGUUCUGUAGCAAAUUGUGCGUAUACCUGUAAGGCGGUGAUUCAAUCCCAUUCUCUAUCUGAUGACGAGCUCUUUUAGCAAUAUGCUGUCAAGAUUCAUGCGUAACUUGCUCCUUUUGACACUACGAAGGACAAAAAGCAAUCAAUUAGGCCAUAGAGUGUGGACUUCAUGCAUAUUUUCAAAUAUUUUUUUUCCAAAGAGUUGUCAAUGGAGUGAUAUUUAUUAUUCCACUCUUCAAAGUCUAUUCUCAUUUCCAUUUA